CCAUCUAUCGCAAAAGUUCAACGUAGAAUAUAUAACUAUAAGUCAAAUAUUUGAUGAGUUCAUUUCUUACAGCGCAAAACUAUGAUUUCAUAAGCUAGAGACCCUAUUUUUAGAGCGAGAAAAGUAAAGUAUUUUUUGAAGCAUUUCUCAAGAGGCAAUGGUAUAAUAACCCUGCUUAAAAAAUGUUCAACCAUUUUCCCCAUUAUCCUUUUUUCGCCAGCCUAAUCUACAGGCGACGGUGAGGCUACCACCCGAAGAAAUAAAAAACAAAAAUUACACAGACCCCGGAUUCAGCCACAGCGUUUCAGCGAGGCGUGUAAUUAAAUUUUCAUGCCACCUGCCUGUGGGUUGGAUUUAAGGGAAAAGGGGCGAAGAACUCUGGGGGAGGGGGGAGGGAGUAUGGCGGAAUAUGGGAGUGGCAUACAAAGAAUGCAAAUUGUCGGGGCUAUUCCAAAAUGCAAGCAUCAACGCCUUUGAAUGCAGCCAAAGCAGGCGGAAGUAAAUGCAGCAGCAGCUUCCCUUUUCUUCCCUAUUUUUUCCAUAUUUCCACACCUUUUUUUCUACCACCCGUCAAUUUUCCACCUCUUUCCGCUAUUUUUUCCUUCUCACCUGCCACUCGACAAACGACACUCAAGUGGUCAGGUGUUAACAGGUAGAAACAGCGUACUUGAAUAUAGCUGCUUUAAGAUACGUGGCACUCAUUUUUUUUGGUCUAUUUAAAUGUCGCCAUAUUUACCAAUUGCAUAUUCAUCAAAUAAUAUUUUUGGUGAAAUGUAAUAGGACUAAAAGAAAUACUUUUAGAUGUCCGUUUUACAUAAGGGUUUAUAAAAGGGUAUAGUGGUGUAUAAAAUUAAUUAAUCUAACCUAAAUCAAAGUUCGAUUAUAUUUAAGCCUCCUUCAAUUCCCACAGCAUACCCUGUAAUUUAGUUAUUCCCAGCAAGCUGGUGGGCGUUUGUCUAUAUAACCUGUCAGAUUCGAUUGGAUAAGCAAACGAAACAGGCAAACAAACAAAACAACAGCCUUCGAGCAACACAAACAGACGACGACAACAGAACUCUCGGAAACGUACAAUUCCUGCUCAGGGAAAAAAUUUGCUAUUGCAAUUCUUUUCCACUUAUCAAUCAAUUCACAUACUGUAUACUGUAUAUAUUUCGCCAAGAUGCCAAUGGUGAUGCCAUGUCGUUCGCGGGCCGCUAUGAAACUACAUGCGGACUGCUAUGAUCGACUAAAGAAGCCGAUUUACUUGGAAACACCGCCAUUAUCAACCAUCGAGGAGGAGAAAAAGUGUGGGGUGCGCAGGGACAAGCCCGUGAAGCCCAAGGAGCAGAGGCGUCCACUGCCGCCGGGCACACGACCACCGAAUCCUGCGGUCAUCGCAGGACCCAAUGCCAAGCGACCGGCGGUGGGUGGUGGCAAGGCGCCACCUCGAGCUCGCAAAUACGACGGGGCCAAGGCCACCUUCUUUCACAUCAAGGGACAAUCCUGGGAGUCCAAGGGCUAUGCGGAACUCUCGCAGGGCGAAUUGGAACGCAUGCGGGCAUCGAGACCGAGGACCACCGAGGAGCGGCGUGCGGACCAGGACCGCCGAAUGGAGGAGCAGCAAUACCAUACCGCCGAGGCGGAACGUAUGCGUAACUAUUUCCAUGACAUCGAUGAGCAGCGCAGGGAGAGGGAACGGGAAACGGAGAAGAAGAACGCCGACGAGGCCGACGAGGAUGUGAAUGAGGACCGAAGGGUCGAGGCCAAGAGAUUGCAGGUCCUUCAUCGCGCCCUGGAUGCCAAAUAUGAGUCAGAUGCACGGGUGAAAGACGCCACUCGUGCAAUUUCCGAGGCCAAAUGCAGUGCCAUGUGGACGGCUCAGAUUCAGGAAAGAAAGCUCCUGAAUCGCAUCCAACUCGACCACGAUGAGGAGAUGGCGCGCAAGAAUCGGGACUACAACAAUGCCAAAUGGGGCACCGUGGAGCAACACGAUCAAGCCGAAGAAGAGCGACGCCGGCAAUUUGGCAAUGCUGUUCGCGAACAAAUCAGCGAUCGCGAAAAGCUGAGAUACAUGGCCCAAGAUCGCCUGCGAAUGGAAGCUCGAGACUUACGUGCCGCUGUGGAUGAGUACAAAAAGGCGGAGGUGGCCGAGGGUGAGUCCCGAUCUCGCCGCAAGUUGGCCUACAGAGAUGAGCUGAAUAAAUACACCAAAUUGCAUCGCAAUUUCGUGCGCAUGAUGUGUGAACAGGAUCAACGAGAUGAAAACAGGGCAUAUGAAUAUCUGAAGCUGAAGGAAAAACAAUUGAGACAGCAACGAGCCGAACGCGAAGCCUUGGAAGCGGAUGUGAAGCGCAAACGGGAUGUGCUCUUUGCAGUGGGUCAAAAGAUCAUGGAUGCCAAGGACAAUCGCGAGGAGAUGCAUUUCCUGGCCGAGCACGAACGUCUCGAAAGAAAGUACAGGGAAAACGAAAGAAAAGCCGCCGAAAAGGAGAGAAAAAUGGCCGCUGAUCUUAAGCGUGCGAAUAUGGAACAAAUGGAGCAUCUCAGCCAAAUGAAGGCGUGCUAUUACGUGCAACGUGAGCGGGAACUCAAGGAGAUGAUCCUGUAUCGGCAGAAGCAGGAGGAGCAACUGAAGCGAGAGGCCGAUGAGCAGGCCUUCAAGAAAGCCUGUCUUCGCACUGGCGUAUCCUGUCAAAUUGAGGAGCGUGAGAAGGCUCGUCGACGGGAACUGGAGGACGAACACUUGGCCAUCGAAAGGGAACGGGCUGCUGAGGCUCAGCGACAAAAGGAAAUCGAUACUGUGAUCACCGUCAAGUUGGAUGAUCUACAAAAGCGCGGCUGUCUGCCCAAUUUGGCUGUACAAUCGCUUAAGGGUCGUGUCGCCAAUGCCGGGAACAAAAAGAAGAUGGGCUCCGAAUAUAGUUAGUUUUUCCAUUUCAAUUUAAUGCCUCCAUAUGAAAACCAAAAAAAAAAAAAAACAAUGCACACACAUAUGGCACACACUACACAACUGCUCACGUUGACAAUGGCAUAGAUGGCUUUUCGAGCUUGGCGGAAUUAAAACUUGCAGCAUAAAUACUA